AAUGAAAAUCUGUUAAACUCUCAAAUUAAAAGACUGAUGGAAGUGGUGAUGGAACUUCAGCAAGAAUUGAGCAAACUGGCAGACUUUCAAGCAACUGAAUACUUAUCGUAAUUUUACGAUAUCAAAUCAAACCGGAUGGGCGAGUUUGCUGACAGUUUCCACCUCUUUUGGUGACAAUAACGUACGAGAGCCACAGGGGGCUGCUACAAGCGAGUUAAUGUGUUGAAAUGAAACCAAGUGGCAGACAGAAGCUAACAGCAGAAAACACAGAUCCAUGAGGGAUCAUCAUGCACCCUCCAUCAGUAUCACUUUGUUUAUGAGAAAAAGACCUGGACUGAAGCACUUAGAUACUGCAGAGUCAAAUACACUGACUUGGCCACUAUUAAUAACAUGGAGGAAAUGAACGCACUCCUUAACACAGUAAAAGGAAUCUACUCAGGUUUAGCUUGGAUUGGACUGUAUGAUGAUCUAAACAGCUGGAGAUGGUCUCUGGGUGAUGAGGCUUUCUACAGUAAUGGAGAGAGAAACUUUAGGAGCUGGUAUAUGAAUGAACCAAGGAACUGGAAUGGAAAUGGAGAACAUUUCUGUGUAUAUUUUGCAGUUUAUGAAGUUAAAAGAGUUAAUUGACCUACAGCAAGAAAAUUAGUAAUAAUUUCAAAAUAAACUUUUUUACUGUCAGUCAGAGAUUAUUGUCUGCUUGAACAUUUCAGCCAAACAGUAUGCUGCCAAAUACCAAUGAUUACACUGGUGUGUACUUUGGGUUGUUUUUGAGGUGAAGGGUGGAGAACAUGUAGAUUGAUUGACUACUGUACAUGGGGUUGAGACUUCUCUGACAGGGAAAGGAUUCUAACCUUCUAGAUAGCAUUCUUUUGCUAUUCUUACUUACUUUAUUUUUGUUCUUUAUUUUUCUUUACUUUAUUUUGUUUAUUUAUUCUUAGUCAAUCAGAGCUUCAGUAACCUCAAGUUAUAUUUGUUAUGUCAAACUGAUGAUGAUCCUUUCUACCAGGAGGUAAUAAUAAUAAUAUAUAUUUUUGCCUAUAGGUGACUAUCACAAUGUUUUCAAUCUUAGGUACAAACAUAUACGUUGAGAUUUAUUAUAGCUUGUCCUGGGAAGAAGCUCAGAGAUUCUGCAGAGAAAAUUACAUAGACCUGGCCAGUGUGAGGAACGAGAAUGAACUUCAGCAGAUACUGAGCAUCAUGUAUGGCUAUGAGAUAUGGAUAGGUCUGUAUAGGAGCCGAUUACGGUCAGAUCAGAGCAACUCAAACUUUACACAUUGGAGACCAGCAUUUCCAGCACUAGGACCAGAACCUGAUAAUGGUUUGAAUGUAUUUGGUCAAUAUGGAAAUCAACACUGCACAGCUGUGGAUCAUUCAGGCCAUUGGACAGAUGAAAACUGUUUAGACCGCUUACCUUUCGUCUGCUACACUGAAUUCACUCCAGGUGCUGUUAUGGGAGUGCGUCUGAAAACCAGAUCUAAUGACAAUCUCUUAUACUCUGAGGUUGCCGAAUCUGUGCUGAUGGCACUUCAAGAACAAGUUAGCAGACUGGGACUUUCAAAGAACUGCACUGUGACCGUGAGACGCUUCCGUAAGAUCGAUCCAUGAGGGAGAAAGUCCACAUUCAUGCUCAGAUUCAAAAUAUGUUCAUGUUCCAGAUUUUUC